AUAGAAUUUUACGUGACAGUCAAUGGUUAAAUUUAAUUACGGAUGGGCACAUUAACUAUCCAAACUCCUAUAUAUUCAUUUUCUCUCAAGUCCAACUCUUCAGACAGCGUUUCAUUAUCACUUCCGACAAAACUCUUUAUACUUUUCUGCGCUUCCUUUCCGCCGACCUCCUCCAUGGCUCCGAUUGCUGUCGGCGAUGUUGUACCUGAAGGAUCUAUCUCCUUCUUCGACGAGAACGAUCAGCUCCAGACUGUCUCCGUUCACUCCCUCGCCGCCGGUAAGAAGGUCAUCCUCUUCGGUGUCCCUGGUGCUUUCACCCCCACCUGCAGCAUGAAGCAUGUGCCUGGAUUCAUUGAGAAAGCAGAGGAGCUUAAGUCAAAGGGCGUUGACGAGAUCAUUUGCUUUAGUGUUAAUGAUCCGUUUGUGAUGAAGGCAUGGGGGAAGACGUACCCGGAGAACAAGCAUGUGAAGUUUGUGGCAGACGGUUCAGGAGAAUACACGAAGCUUCUUGGACUCGAGCUCGACCUCAAGGACAAGGGUCUUGGUGUUAGGUCAAGGAGAUUUGCUCUGUUGAUUGAUAACCUCAAGGUCACUGUUGCCAACGUUGAAUCUGGCGGCGAGUUCACAAUUUCCAGCGCCGAUGAUAUCCUCAAGGCUCUCUAAGAAACUCUUUAUCGUUUGUGUGUAUGAAGAACCGCUGCAUGUGAUAGUAGUAAAGAGUGUAUCUCUGGCCUGAUUUCUGACGAUAAAUUAGGAAUAAUAAUAAAGCGGUUUAAGUUGCUUAUUUAA